UUCAUCCAUUCAUCAGGUCAUGUACGUCAUUGUGGAAUCAUUUAUUGUACCUCAAAAGCUUCAUGCGAGGAGGUUGCGAAAAAGCUUAGGUUAGCUUGCUUUAAAGCAUCAUUUUAUCAUGCCGGAUUAGACGCUGCAGAUCGGACACGUAUUCAAGACGAUUGGCAUUCAAAUAAAUGUAAAAUAAUUGUAGCAACUACAGCAUUUGGAAUGGGAAUAGACAAACCGGACGUACGAUUUGUUAUUCAUCAUUCACUUCCUCAGUCGCUUGAAGGUUAUUACCAAGAAACUGGACGUGCCGGGAGAGAUGGAAAGCCGUCCGACUGUGUGCUAUUAUAUUCAUAUUCAGAUAAACACACCAUUGACAGAUUAAUUAUUCACGGUGAAGGAAAUUAUGAACAAAAGCAACAGCAAAGAGCUAAUUUACGGGAAAUGUUGAAGUAUUGCGAAAAUCAGAUUGAUUGUCGACGUCAACAAAUCAUGGCAUAUUUCGGGGAACAAUUUGAUAAAAGCCAAUGCCAAUUCACUUGUGAUAACUGUAAAAAUGCACUUACACAACAAAGAUCAACAUACGAUGCGCAAAAAGACGCUAAG